AUGGAUCGUAAUAACUAUUUGUGCUGGAAGUCUCAAUUUCAGGAUAUCCUAGAGAUUCAUGACCCCGAGGAAGUUGUGAAAAGUGAUGGACAACCUGACAAGAAACUAGCAGAUGGCUCCAUCAACCCCGCCUACUCCAAAGACAGGCUUGUGUUGAGUUGGAUCAAGGCCACUUCAUCUCCACAAAUCAAAACUUUCCUUAUUCCUUGUACGACAGCAUCAGAAGCAUGGUCUCUCCUUGAUAAGAGACUCUCUCCUCUCUCUAAGACUUAUGUUUGUAACCUGCGAGAUCAAAUAAGGACCUUGAAGAAAGAAUCAGAAAACACGGUUGCUGAGUACUUGAUGCAUGACAAAUCCCUCUAUGAUUCUCUUGUUGCGGCUGGAUCUCAAAUGACAGAUGAAGAGCUUAUCGAGUAUAUUCUCGAUGGCCUAGGUCACGACUAUAGAAACAAAGCCCAUGUAUGCAGUUGUUACAGGUUCAAAUCGGGGGAUCGAUUUGGAAAAGUUAGAAAGUUGGCUUCAAAUGGGAUCAUGGUGGUGUUAAUUGCUUUAGAUGAGAAAAUGGACCUUGAAGCUAUUGAAAAAUUGAAAGAAGUGUGGCCUCUCACCUAG